CUAUCAGUAUUGUGCAUUCUGUUUUGCUCGAUUGAUGUUUGUUAUUGUUCGGACGCACACCUACAUUUCAAGUGCAACGCAUCCGCUCUAGAUUACUGCAUUGUACAGGGGUGCCAUGCUGUUUGGACUUGGAUGAGCCCCGCCCACAGGAAGUAUGUCAUCAGAUGAGGCCAGAGAGGCCCCUGUGGAGAGGGGGACUAUCCCCCUGGACAUAGACAACGUUCACAUGCUUCUACAGGUUGAGCAAGAGCAAAUUCAGAAGCGAACCUUCACCAACUGGAUCAAUGCUCAGCUAUCAAAGAGGAAACCCCCAAACAUGGUGGUGGACCUGUUCAGUGACUUCAGGGAUGGGUCCAAGCUGCUGGACCUACUGGAGGUGAUGAGUGGACAGCGAAUGAACCGUGAGAAGGGCAGGGGCAUCUUUCAGCACAGGAGCAACAUUGAAACAGCCUUGUCCUUUCUGAAGAAGAAGUCGAUCAAGCUAGUCAACAUUAACAUUCCUGACAUCAUCGAUGGUAGACCGUCCAUUAUUCUGGGCUUGAUAUGGACUAUCAUUUUACAGUAUCAUAUCGAGGAGCUGGCUAGCAGCUUGUCCUUCAGCUCCCGUCAGUCCUCUCUGGAGUCUCUGGCCAGCUUGGACUCUCGCUCCACCCUCUCCAGCCUCUCCACCCGCUCCACCUCCAGCAGCCCUGUGCCCCCCAAGGGUUCCCCCUUACACAACCGCUUCAGGGUCUCUGCCAAGAAAGCCCUGCUCCUCUGGGUCCGGGAACAGUGUCACAAGGCUGGUUGUACCCUGAAUGUAAAAGACUUCAAGGUCAGCUGGAGGAGCGGUGUUGUCUUCCUGGCCAUCCUGUACGCCCUGAGACCAGACCUGGUGGACCUGUCCAAGGCCAGAACCAGAACCAACAAGCAGAACCUGGAGGAGGCCUUCCGCACGGCUGAGCGAGAGCUGCGCAUCCCCAGACUGCUGGAGCCUGAUGAUGUUGAUGUCCGGGACCCUGAUGAGAAGUCCAUCAUGACCUACGUGGCUCAGUUCCUGCAGUACUCCAGAGACAUGCCAGUGCCCGAGGACGACAUGCAGAUGCAAUAUCUGACUCCUCCUAAAAGUCUGUCACCUGUCAACCUGCCCACGCACUUCACUCCUGCCAUCUCUGCCUCUCCUCUGCGCCAGGCUCAUCUACUCCAACCCAUACCUAUAAGAUCAGCUACGUCUGAUAUAACUGAGCCCUCCAGAGCUGCAGCUACUGUGACUUCCUCUAAUAAGAAAGCCCAGGAGGUGACCUGCUGGCUUGUGCAAGCCUAUCAGGAGCUACUGGAAGGAUGGGACUCCACGGAGGGAGAGAGCUACGCAGAAAGAUACCAUGUGUUCCAGACGUUCGUGGUGUCGUUUAACGAGCAACGUCGUCCCGUGAUGCCCCUGCUCACGGCGAUGAGACGCACCCCCCAGCUGAGCGAGGAGCAGCGCUCCCUCAGGGGGGCCUGGGACGCCCUCGCCGAAAAGCUGCGACAGUUCAAGACAGAGUUGGACCUGAGCCUGCCGGCUCCGCUGGUCUCGGUGGGCCGCUGGCUGCUGAGGGCUGAGGGGGCAUUGGCGGAGGAGGAGGGAGACCCCCAGGACCAUGCCUGCGCCGCUGGGGAGGCCAGGGAUAAGAUUGAGCUGCUCAAGGCUUGCCUAGAUGAAAUGCCACAUCAACUGAAGACCUUUCAGAAGUUCCAGAACUCGGACGAAUACGGAGCCAUGGUGGUUCCCUCCGACAAACUAGAGGAGAUGAAGAGAAGGUUCACGAGUGUGAGAGUGACCGCUAAGUACCAUGGGAUCAAGCUGGAGUACCAAGAGCAGCGCCACACAGUCCUGGACCUUCUGGGCCAGAUCAACACCAAGCUGCGCACCUGGAAGAGACCCUACAUAUCCCAGGAGGCAGUGCGGGUUCUUCUGCAGGAAUGGCAUGAGUUAGUCGACAAGCAAGAACUACCUUCUCUGCUUGAGGGGGCUCUCCUGAAACUGAAGCUGGUUUCCAGCAAAUACAACGGCAAGUCCGCCCUGGCUUCGGACUCCAGAGUUGUGGAGCGGCAUGUGAAGGAGAUGGAGGAGGAGAGCGCUGCAUCUCUAGAGGCGGUGUGGGCCGUGAUGAGCACGAUGGGGAGAGUCCUGUCUGCCUGGGACUCCUACUCUGACUCUUACAGCUCCCUGCAGGCCUGGCUGGAGCAGGGCUCAUCCACCCAUGGCCCUGCGCCAGAGGUGUCCUCUGAGAGCAUGGCAGAGUGGAGAUCCCGCCUGGCCCACCUCAACGAGGUGGGUAACUUCCUGGUUGAGAUGACGGACCCUCAGACCAGCAGGACCCUGGGGGAGGAGCUACGCAGGCUGAACUCGCACUGGGCUGACUUUGUAACCAGAAACACAUACGCUGCAGCAGGUGAGCCCAGUGUUAGACCAGACACCCGGUCUCAGAACCCCCAGGUUCUGAUCCGAGAGGCUAAUCACAUCAUCAACGAGCCUGUCGAAGCCAUGUCCGGCCCUCUACGGAUCUACAUGAAGAGACUACAGUUUACGAUGAGGAAGAUAAAGGAGGUGGAUGUGGAGGCCCUUUCUCCCAUCCCAGAAUGCUCGGCUGACACUGUGAGGAAGGUGAAGAUGGCGCUACCUGAGGUGAUGCAGACUCUGUGUGAGGCCGAGCAGGUGUGUGUGGAGCUGCAGCAGAGUGUGUCCGGGCUGGACUGCCGCCUGGCUGAGCUGCUUCACUGGGAGAGCGAGGCCAGGGAGCUGUACCACGUCCUGAAGGCCGCGGAGCGCCACGCUCCGGCCGGACAGGACUCCCGCGCCAGGAUCUUGAUCUCCCGAGGCCUUCAGCUGGAAGGCCAGGUGGUGACAGAGGAACAGGACCUCCAGGUGCUGGUGCUGACGGGGCAGAAGAACUCGCCCCUUCGCUACCUCAUGGCCUCCGCCAUGCAGGACCGGGUCAGAAGCUCCGUGGCCCAGUCACAGGAGACUGUAGGCAUGCUCAGCUCUCUGGGCUCCAGGAGAGACAGAAGCCCGCCAGGACACCAGCCUCCACCCAAGAAGUAUGCCCAGACAGAGGAUGGUGCGGAGGCCCAGACGCUCUCGUCUUUCCAUCCCAUGACUCCUGACCUGUCAGCCUGUCAGCCGCAGGAGCAGCGACAGACCCAGCCGGUGCCACAGAUAGUAGUGCAGGAAUACAGGGAGGAGACUAGCCCUCCACCUCUGUUGUACAGCUAUUCUCAGGCUGUGACCCAGUCGAUGGCCCACCCACGAUCUCCUCCAGAGGGCCAGGUUCAGACCACACAGACCCAGCUCCAGACCCAGACCCAGCUCCAGACCCAGACCCAGCUCCAGCUCCAGACCCAGCUCCAGACCCAGCUCCAGACCCAGACCCAGCUCCAGACCCAGCUCCAGACCCAGACCCAGACCCAGCGACUGGUACAGCAGCAGGUCUGUGAACAACAGGCACUCUCCCAGAGACAACAGCAGCUUCCUGCCCAGUCUCAGGCGCAAGGCCAGGGCCCAGGCGAACCUACGUGCCAAGCUCCCACCUAUUUAGCAACACAAGACCAGAAACGCGCUUUAUCCCAGUCGCCUCAACCGACACGGCCUCUGACGCCCCAGGAGCUGCAGGUUAGGAAGGCACAGGCCAGCAAGAACCGACCCUGGCUGCAGAAGAAGACUCAAGAUCAGAACCAGUCUCCAGGCCAGGUCCAGGCUCCUGCACAGGCCCAAAUCCAGACAGAGAAACAGGUCCCUGUCCAGGUGGUCCCACAGCACACAGGAACCCCCAAGCCUGCUGUUCAGGCACAAGCCAUGACUGUUACACCUUCACAGCCACAGCCCAUAGCCCAUAUCCAGUCUCCCAGCCAAGCCCAACCCAUGACCAAGAGCCUGCCUCAACCACUAACCACAACUCAAGUUCAAAAUCAAAUGAAGGUAGAGGAACCAUCCUCGGCUCAACCUCAGGCUUCCAGCCAGGCCCAGAUGCAGGGCGGGCCUCAGGCCAGGAUGGUCCAGGGUCUGCAGCAGGUGAAGGCCCAGAGCAAGCCUUUACCAAAGGCUCUGCCACAGCCUCAUGGCCCCAUGAAGACACAGGGCCAGGGCCAGAAGCAGAUUCAACCCCAUCCCCAGGCCAAGGUCCAGCUCCAGGCCCAGCUCCAGGCCCAGCCCCAGCCCCAGCCCCAGCCCCAGCUCCAGGCCCAACUCCAGGCCCAGGCCCAGGCCCAGGCCCAGGGCCAGCUCCAGGCCCAGGCCCAGGCCCAAGUCAAGGUCCAGCCCUAUCCCCAGCUCCAGGCCCAGCCCCAGCCCCAGCUCCAGGCCCAACUCCAGGCCCAGGCCCAACUCCAGGCCCAGGGCCAGCUCCAGGCCCAGGCCCAGGCCCAAGCCAAGGUCCAGCCCUAUCCCCAGCCCCAGGCCAAGGUCCAGCCCCAACUCCAGGCCCAGCCCCAGCUCCAGGCCCAGCUCCAGGCCCAGCUCCAGCCCCAGCCCCAGCCCCAGCUCCAGGCCCAGCCCCAGGACCAGGCCAAGGUCCAACCCCAACUCCAGGUCCAGCCACAACUCCAGGCCCAGGCCCAGCCCCAGGCCAACAUCCAACCCCAGAGCCAAAUGCAGACCUAUGCCCAGGCCCAGAACCAGAGGCAGAUGCCGGUCCAGCACCAGGCCCAAGCCCAGGCCCAGGUCCACACAUGGGCUCCAAUCAGAUCUCCCCUCCCCCUUGCUCCAGGCCAGCCACAGCCCUACACCCAGGGGUAUCCCCUAGCCCAGUCCCCUCCCCAGCCAUGGGCCCCAAUCAGACCCGAGUCCCCCAGUUCACCUUACUCCCAUACUAGGGGCCCUACCCAUCCACUAUUCCCAGUGAGAGCUCAGACUCCACCACAGGCCUAUACUCAGACAAUGGGCCUUGCUCACUGCCCUCAGUCCUAUUCACCGGUCCAGUCUCCACCACCCCAGCAGUGGCCCCCAGUCAGGCCUCAGCAACCCUCCCAGGGCUACGCUCAGCCUGGGGGAGCUUACCCCCAGCCUCCUGCCCAGCCUGGAGGGCAACCCUGGAUACAACCUCCAACUCAGCUGCCUCCUCAGGGCCUCACGCAACAGCAGCCUCAGAUGAGAGCCUACAACCUCCAGGCACAGCAAAGCCAGUUCCAGACUCAGUCUUGGGGGCAGCCCCAACGCCAACCUUACCCCCAGCCCCAGCCCCAGCCUCAGCCUCAACCCUAUUCUUAUUCCCAGCCUCAGGCUCAGCCUUUCCCCCAGCCCCAGCCCUAUUCUCCAUUCCAACCUAAAACCUACCCUCAACCCCAGACUCCUUUCCAGCCCCAGCCCCAACUUCAGCCUCAAGCUCGUCCUCAGUUGCAGCCUGCGUCCCAGCCCCAGACCUAUCCUCAAUACCAAGCCCAGACAAAUAAAGCCCAGUACCAGCCCUUACAGCAACCUAAGCCCUCCCAACCACUGCCCCAACAGCAGCCUCAGCCGCAACAGCAGCCUCAGCCCCAGCCCCAGCCGCAACAGCAGCCUCAGCCCCAGCCCCAGCCUCAGCUCCAGCCCCAGCUCCAGCCCCAGCCUCAAAAGCAGAUCCAACCCCAACAGCAGCCCCAGCCCCAGCCUCAGCCCCAACAGCGGCCUCAGCCCCAGCCCCAAAAGCAGAUCCAACCCCAACAGCAGUCCCAGCCUCAGCCCCAGCCUCAGCUCCAGCCCCAGCCUCAAAAGCAGAUCCAACCCCAACAGCAGUCCCAGCCUCAGCCCCAGCCUCAGCUCCAGCCUCAGCCCCAGCCCCAAAAGCAGAUCCAACCCCAACAGCAGCCUCAGCCUCAGCUCCAGUCCCAGCCUCAGCCCCAAAAGCAGCCUCAGCCCCAGCCACAGCCUCUUCCCCAACCCCAAAGGCAGGCCCAGCCUCAGCCCCAAAAGCAGCCUCAGACCCAGCCCCAGCCGCAAACUCAGCCUCAACCCCAUCAGCCCCAGGCCCAGCCCCAACCACAGCCCCAGCCCCAGCCCCAACCACAGCCCCAAUCCCAACCACAGCCCCAGCCCCAACAGAUCCAGGCCUCUCCCGUUCUUCCUCAGUCUCCACCAGAGUCUCCAGAACUGCGCCUCAAGCCUCCCUCCCUAGCCCAGGCCCCCCCCCAGGCCUACACCGAGGCCUACCUCAAGGCCCAGGCCCUGGUCAGGAACCAGUUCGAGGAGGCCAAGCACUGCCUGCAGGAACACAUCCUGGAGGCCAUCAACGUGUUCAAGGACAAGCACGUCUCUCUCGAGCAGGCGGCCGUCAAAGAGGAGACCCUGCGCACGCUGGACCCCGAGCUGCUGGAAGAGUUCCUGCGGGCGGCUGAGGGCAUGGAGGCCUUCUGCACCCUGCCCCAGCUCCGAGACAUGGAGUUCUUCACCAAGUCAGUCAGGACACAGUGGGAGGCUGUGAGAGCUGAGAUAAGCACCUUUGUACUGCAUAUGAGAUUUGAACUAAAGCGAAAAGACUUUGUUAGUGCUGCCUUGCAGUGUGAGAUGCACUUUAACACAAACCCAUACAAGGCACAGGCGUGCUUCUCGGCCGAGGGCAGCCUGGCCCAGGCCGGCCUGCACCUGGAGGCCCUGAAGGAGCUGUGCGAUACCCUGAGCCCCGAGGACGCCCACCUGCUGGCCCAGGCUCAGCUCAGGGAGUGUGAGAAGAGGCUGGCUGCCAUCCAGCGCCAGUUCAGCGGGGACAGGGACACCCCUGACUCUGGGAACUCUGCCGACAUCAGUCAAGACCUGACACAACUGAAAGAAUCUCCCAUGAAGAUUGACAAACCACAAAGCUCUGAGGUAUCAAAUAUUUUCGUGAAGACGAGUUCUUUUGAAAAGAAGGAGAUGGAGAAGAAAACAGAUGCUGUGAAAGAGGACGAUCCAGCCAAGAAGGAGGCUGUGGAAAGAUAUGAGACGUCCAAGAAGGCUUUGCAGGUCCAACUCUCCAAGAAUGAACUCAGCAUCCAGAAAGAUCUCCCGUCUGACUUGGUCUCUCUCAAAGACCUGCACACGCGACUUCAGGAAAUACAGGCCUUGAGAUGCGAAACCGAGUCCCUGUGGACGGAGUAUGGGAACCAUCUGUCCCAGCUCAGACGACAUGGGGGUGUGGAUCAGGAGAGGGCGGAGGUGCAGGAGCAGUGGCGAGGCCAGCAGGCCAGUCUGCAGAAGAGGGGCAGCUCUCUGGGGGCUGCCCUCCGGCAGAUAGACUCCACCGAGAACCACAUGGUGGACUUCUCUGAACGCCUGGACCGCUUCAUCAGACAGCCCAAGGACAUCAGCGCGUUCACGCUGGCCAACACCAACAUCCUGACUGACAUCCGGGACCUGGACGAGAGCAUUCAGAGUGAACUGGACCAGCUGUCCAGGUUAGACUCGGAGCCCAACGAACUGGACCCAAGAGAUCGCUCUCCUCUGAUCCGGGAGGUGGAGACCCACAAGACCAGCCUGGACCAGCUCAGACAGCAGGUCCGCAAGAGCGAGGCCGCCGCCCGGGCCCUGGACCGCUUCCUCAUGUCCCUGCGCACGGUGGAGCAGGACAUCGUCGGGGUGCAGAGCUCCCCCUGCAGCAGCGCCGGGCUACUGCAGGAGUGCCGCUCCAAACUGGCCCUCAGCAGGCAGAGCGUGGCCAGCCUCGGGGACAAGGCCCCCCAGCUGGACCUGCUGCUGCAGGGGGCCAGGCUGUCUGUGACCAGGGACGGGGCCCCUGCCUCCUGCCUGGACAUGGUGUCCUCCCUGGUGGUGAGGCUGGAGGAGGCUGGCGUCCGCCUGGCCUUCCAGCAGCAGGUGGUGCAGAAGGAGCAGGAGAGCCGGUCCCUGGGCCUGAGGAGGAGGGCUCUGUUGGGGGAGCUGAGGAAGGUGCAGGAGGCCGCCGAGAGGCAGGGGCUGAAAGAGCCCACCAUGCCGGCCGUGCAGCAGAGGCUGCGGGCUCUGGCCGACCUGGAGGGUCAGCUGCAGGCCCAGCGCCCGGAGCUGCAGAGCCUCAGGGAGGCCCGGGGGAGGCCGGAGGCCGGGGAGAACCCCCUGCAGGAGCUGGAGACCCAGUGGGACGACGCCCAGAGAGCGGUGACUGACAGACGAGAACAGUGCAGCGUCCUGAUAGAACUGCUGAAGAAGUUCCAGAGUUGCCGUAGUUACCUCAGUAACACCAUGCAGAGGGCAGAGCAGACGAUCUGUGAACAGGCCUCCUACAUGGGCAGAGAAAACCUUCAGAGACUCAUAGCAAAGGUCUGUGGCAUCAAGGAGGAUCUGGGCGGUCUGGGAGCAGGCAUGGAGGAGAUGAGAGGGGUGUGCAGGCAGCUGCAGUCUCACCUGAAGAAGAUCCCUGACUGUAGCGAGGCUCCGUUUGAGGCUGAGGCUGAUGCUCUGGUGGACCGCUGGCUGGAUGUGACAGAGAAGACGGACUCCCACGCGGACAACCUGCGGGUGGGGCUGGAGCUGUGGGACAAGCAGCUGGGGCUGGGCGCCGAAGUGGACAGCUGGGCCGGAGCCAAGCUGGCCCUGUUUGCAGACAGCCACCCCUUCCACAGCGAAGAACAAGUUCUAGCCAUGAGGGAUGAGAUCAACGCGUACGAGGAGAACAUCGAGCGCUUCCACAGGAAGUCCCUGGAGAUCCAGGAGCUGCUUCUGAGCCAGGAGGCCCCGCUGGAGCUGCAGGUGAUGGAGACCCAGCUGAGGAAGAGGGUGGAGCAGGUGAAGGAGCUGUUCUCGGACAGCACUGACGUCUUCCAGGAGUUGGUUGCGGUGAAGAGACACCUGGCAGACAGGAUGGCAGAGUGCCAGGCUGCCCUCCGCACCAUCCAGACCUCAGUCGGCACCAUCCCUGCAUCCGACCCCCAGGCGCCGGCCCAGAUACAGGACGUGUGUGAGCGAUUGCAGGUCCAGGAGGAGCUGGCUGCGUCCGUGCUGAAGGAGGUCAGCCUGGUGUCCAGCGUGGCCAGCCCCCAGGUGCUGCAGGCCCUGUCUGCAGACUGCAGCCGCCUCAGAGAGGCCGUGGACUACACCAAGGACAUGAUUCACCUGAAGAGGGAGGAGGGAGAGAAGGGCCUUCUCAAGCUCAUCAACGACGAGAGCCAGUCCUUUGAAGAGUGGUUCCAGGACCUGCAGCUGUCAGUCAACGAGUGCUUUGAGAACCCAGAGCACAGACAGGAUAUGGAGGCAUCCUUGCAGAGGCUCAAAGGGUUCCUGUCUUCCAAGGCUGGGGAGAAACGUCUGGGCGCGCUGCGGCAGCACGUGGAGCGUGGCCGUGCGCAGGUCCCCUCCCAGCAGCUGGCCCAGCUGACCUCCUGGCUGCAGGAGCAGGCAGAGGAGCUAGCGGCGCUCCGAGCCCACUGCCAGGGCAGAUGGGACCAGCUGGACUCCACCCUCAGCACCCUCAACAGCCUUCAGGAGGAACACGUCCGAUUCCGCGAGUGGCUUCAGGCUCGAGAGCAUCAGGCAGCCGACGGAGGACACCUCGACGACCUUCUCAAAGACGUUCACGAUCAAAGAGCCAGACUGGAGGUCCUCGGCGACCUGCUGGCGUCCGUGCGGAGGCAGGGUCUGAGAGCCGACAACCUCCUGAAGGACAGCGACAACCUGUUGCAGCGCCACCGGAACCUGGAGGCCAGGCUGCAGCACCAGGCCGAGGCUCUGGAGGCCCUGGAGGGGGAGUGUCAAGGGUUUCACACCCAGGCAAAGAGUACCGAAGCCUGGGUGAAAAGCUUGCAGCAACGCCUCCUUUUCCAGGGCAGCAAGACCCAUGCUGCAGAGAGGACACGCAUAACACAGGCUGUCUUGAGUUCCAGACCAGAGGUAGAUUCUAAGCUGCAAGACCUGAAGAGACGAGCACAGAGUCUGUGUGAACAUCAGGACCUGGAGGAGAGCAGGAGACGAGAGGUCCAGCAGGCCGUCAGGGAGGUGGAGGAGGAGUGGAGGAGGGUGUUACAGGAAGCUGAGGAGGCUCUCCACAGGGCUGAGAGACAGAAUGUUCUGGAAGGCCUGUUCGGAGCCUUUGAAACCCAGAAGGGCAGCUGUAGGGCCUGGGUCAGACAAAAACAGCAGAACCUCCACUCACAGACCAAGACUGAAGACAGCCUGCACAUGGCACAGGCUGUCCUGAGUUCCAGACCAGAGGGAGAUUCUAAGCUGCAAGACCUGAAGAGUCGAGCCCAGAGUCUGUGUGAACAUCAUGACCUGGAGGAGAGCAGGAGACGAGAGGUCCAGCAGGCCAUCAGGGAGGUGGAGGAGGAGUGGAGGAGGAUCCUGCAGGAAGCGGAGGAGAGGCUGGGUCAGGCUGAGGCUAAGAGUGCUCUGGAUAACGCCUCAAGAGCAUUUGAGAGCCAAAGAGAAAACAGUCAAUCUUGGGUCAGAAACCAGAGACAGCAACUGCAGAGUCUGGGCAGCCACAUGCAGAUCAAUGAAAGACUGCACGUCACAAAGGCUGUCCUGAGUUCCAGACCAGAGGGAGACUCUAAGCUGCAAGACCUGAAGAGACGAGCCCAGAGUCUGUGUGAACAUCAGGACCUGGAGGAGAGCAGGAGACGAGAGGUCCAGCAGGCCGUCAGGGAGGUGGAGGAGGAGUGGAGGAGGGUCCUGCAGGAGGCGGAGAAGGCUCUCCACAGGGCUGAUGUCCUGGAGAAGGACCACAAAGCGUUCGAAACCCAGAAGACCGAUGCUCACAGCUGGGUCAGAGCCCGGAAACAGCACCUUGAGUCUCUGACUGGUCAAGCCAAGACUGAGGGGAAGAUGAACUCAGCACAGGCUGUCCUGAGUUCCAGACCAGAGGGAGACUCUAAGCUGCAAGACCUGAAGAGACGAGCCCAGAGUCUGUGUGAACAUCAGGACCUGGAGGAGAGCAGGAGACGAGAGGUCCAGCAGGCCGUCAGGGAGGUGGAGGAGGAGUGGAGGAGGGUCCUGCAGGAGGCAGAGAAAGCCCAGAGUCAGGCUGAGGUCCUGGAAGCCCUGGAGAAGGAGGUGAAAGGCUUCAAAGCCUACGAAGAAAGCACCCGGGUCGGGGUGAGAAACCUACAGCAUCGCCUGGUCUCUCUGGGCAGCCUCAAGAACACUGAGGACAAACUGAAGACUGCCCAGGCUGUCUUGAGUUCCAGACCAGAGGGAGACUUUAAGCUGCAAGACCUGAAGAGACGAGCCCAGAGUCUGUGUGAACAUCAGGACCUGGAGGAGAGCAGGAGACGAGAGGUCCAGCAGGCCGUCAGGGAGGUGGAGGAGUGGUGGAGGAGGGUCUUACAGGAAGCUGAGGAGGCUCUCCACAGGGCUGAGAGACAGAACGUUCUGGAAGGCCUGUUCGGAGCCUUUGAAACCCAGAAGAAGAGCACCCAAUCCUGGAUCAAAGAAAAGCAGAAACAUCUAAAGUCUCUUGGCAAUCAAAAGAAAACUAAAGAAAGACUUCACACAGCACAGGCUGUCCUGAGUUCCAGACCAGAGGGAGACUCUAAGCUGCAAGACCUGAAGAGACGAGCCCAGAGUCUGUGUGAACAUCAGGACCUGGAGGAGAGCAGGAGACGAGAGGUCCAGCAGGCCGUCAGGGAGGUGGAGGAGGAGUGGAGGAGGGUCCUGCAGGAGGCGGAGAAGGCCCAGAGUCAGGCUGAGGUCCUGAGCUUUCUGUUCAAUGAGCUACAGGCCUUCCAGGCCCUGGAUGAAAGCAUCAGGACCUGGCUCAAAGAACCCCAUCUCUGCACACCAUCCCUGGGCACUGGGACCCAGGGCAGCCAGGCUCAGCUGGAGGACAGGCUGAACAAAGCACAGGCCAUCCUGAGUUCCAGACCAGAGGGAGACUCUAAGCUGCAAGACCUGAGGAGACGAGCCCAGAGUCUGUGUGAACAUCAGGACCUGGAGGAGAGCAGGAGACGAGAGGUCCAGCAGGCCGUCAGGGAGGUGGAGGAGGAGUGGAGGAGGGUCCUGCAGGUGGCUGAAGAGGGUCACAGACAGUUGCAGGGUGUUGUGGAGAGUCUGAUCUCCUCUCAGCACCAGCGGGAGAAGACCCAGUCGCAUCUGGCAGACCUCCGGCAGCAGACGGCCCAGCUCUCUCGUCUCUUCCCCUGGCCAGGCCUGGGCGACCGCAGGCAGGCCGUGGAGCAGGUCCAGAGCCUGCUGUAUCAGACCAGCACCCUGGCCCCGGGCCUCUCAGCCCUUCGCACCCGGGCCAUGGACAUGUUCCAGCUCACCCAGGACCCCUACUGGACAGAGCUGUCCUGGGCUGAGAUGGAGGAAUGCAUCCCUGCUCUGCUCAAAGACCUGACAGAUGUGUGCGCUGACCUGGAGGAGGGGAUCCAGGCUGAGAGGCUGUGCACCCAGCUGGUGGAGCAGCACGGGGCAGCGCAGGACUGGCUGAGGGACCAGGUCAAGGGUCUGGGCCCCCUGCCCGCUGACAGGCCGGGUCUUCAGUGUGCCGUCAACACCCUCAAGGCCCUGCUCCAGACAGUGGACAGGGAGGAGAGGGAUAUGAGGGAACUGGACCAGGUCAGAGACACCCUGCUGAGUCACUGCACCCCCGGGGGUCGGGACGCCCUGACCUUGGAGGUGAGCCACCUCCACGAGCUACGCACCUCCUCGGAGAGGGAGGCGAGGGAGCGUCUGGCUGUCCUGGAGGCCCGGCUGGGGGAGCUGGAGGGCCAGCAGGCCAAGAGGGCCCUGGGCCUGAGGGAGAGGGCCGCUGCUCUCCUCUGGGAGCUGCGAUCCCUGGAUCAGGCGCUCAGCUACAGCGAGCCUAGCCCCAACGUAGCUCAGCUGCAGCAGCACUGGCACAGCCUUAAGAACUGUGAGAGGUUACUGGAAGGGUUGGGGGUGAAGGUUCACGACCUAUGCCAGACUGUCCGGUCUGCGUCAACUGAAGAGGAAGUUCCUGUGGAUGUUCUCUCCUCAGUAAACUCUCUGAGCGAGCAGCAUGACGGUUUGAGGUCCAGGCUGGGUGAGAGGAAGGAAGCGUGUGGGCAGAAUACAGCCCAGUGCCUGGCAGACAGUCUCCUGACCCUGCAGCGGUGGACCCACACUCCUCCAGCGCUCUCAGCCUCCUCGGUCCAAGUAGCUCAUGCUGCGUUAGAGGAGGGUGCUCAGCUGCAGCAAAGCCUGCAGGGGGCGCUAGCUCACCGGCUGUUCCUGGUUGACUGCCUCAAACCAGAUCAAGCUGAGAAGCUGGAGAGAGACAGUUUACAAUCUCUUGAUGAUGCGAAGAAGCACAGUGCUUCUCUCACCCAGUGUCUGAAGAAUCUCAAUAAGAGAAGUCAACAAAAAGUCUCAGAGUCUGAGUUGGCUGCUGUCUGUGAUGUUAAGUCAGAGGACAAAAAGGUUCCAGAAGGUUCCUCACCUCAGAUGCCUGUAAGCCCAGCCAAGAGCCAGCAGGUUCAAGUCCAAGACAGUCAGCGAGCUAAAGCCCCACUGAGCCGUCCUGUCAUUGAGAAGUCUGUACCAGUCAAACAGGAACACUCCUCUAGAAAAGACCCCACUCGGUCUGAGGUAAGGUGUCCAGAUUCUGUUGUGACGUCGGUGGCUGCAACACAGGUGACAAAGGCUGUUCCUGUGGAGCCUAAACCGAUCAUGAAGGUGGCGAUGGUCAUACUUGAUACAGACACUCAGCAGAUACAAGAUCCACCCUCCAAGACCCCUUCAUCUGAGACUUUUGUUCAUCCUGUUGCCAAGGAGACUGUUGUUCAUCCUGUUGCCAAUGUCGGUGCUGUUGUCCAGCGAGGAGACCCCACUUCACUGACUGAUCAGAAAGGGCAAGGCUCUCCUUCGACACACACUCAGGGUAUUGACGAACAACGCUACCCAGACGACUCAUCCAUGAAACAAACAGACAAGCUGCAAUCUCUUCCUGAGAAGAAACUGGCCGCUGUCAUUCUGGACACAUCUUCAGUGUUUGUGCAGAUGCCUGUGCAGUGGCCCAUAACCAGCCCUGAAACUGCACGUAUCAUAUCCUCCGGAGGAGCCGUAGGUUUUGAUACCACACUCACUCAGUCCAUUGGUGAAAUGAAAGUUACUCAGCCUCCCACUGAAUAUCUGGAGUCAAAGUCCCUCAGCACAGCCAAUCAGACUCCCGAGCUGACAGAGUCAACUGUCAGAGAGUCGAGAGAAAAACCCAAGAAGCAUCCAGAACCUGGCCUUCCCGACUCGGCGGACAAAUCCCUCACCUCAGACGCACAUUCCCAAGCCUCUGUGACCCAACCUACGAAGGUCAAGGCAGAUUACAUCGAGGGGCUGUUGAAAGACGGCAAACCCGAGUCUCCGAUGCGGUACCUGGUGUUGGAGAUGCCUGUGGAGGUGGCUCGUACCCAGAAAGAACCUCCUGUCGAUGUUGGUAGAAGUCAACAUGAAGAAAUAGCUGUUACAAGUCAACCUAGUCAAACAAAGACCCCUGAGGUAGCGCAGGUAGUCAGACCAGACAGAGAAUGGACUGAGAUCGACUUUUCUCAGUCAGAGGUGUGCAAAUCCACACAGCAUCCAGAACCCUCGAAAAGAAAAACUAAAUUAUCUAAAACUACAGCAGAACCUUCUGAAACCACACCUGAACCCUCUGAAACCACACCUGAACCCUCUAAAACCACACCUGAACCCUCUGAAACCACACCUGAACCCUCUGAAACCACACCUGAACCCUCUAAAACCACACCUGAACCCUCUAAAACCACACCUGAACCCUCUGAAACCACACCUGAACCCUCUGAAACCACACCUGAACCCUCUAAAACCACACCUGAACCCUCUGAAACCACACCUGAACCCUCUGAAACCACACCUGAACCCUCUGAAACCACACCUGAACCCUCUAAAACCACACCUGAACCCACACCUGAACCCUCUAAAACCACACCUGAACCCUCUAAAACCACACCUGAACCCUCUAAAAGAAAGACAAAACUCUCUAAACCUACAACCACCCUGGAACCCUCUAAAACUACACCAGAACAUUCUAAAACUACAGUUGAAUAUUCUGAAAGAACACCGGAAACCUCUAGAACCUCAUCAGAAUCUUUCCUAACAACACCUGAACCCUCUAAAAGAAAGGCAAAACUCUCUAAACCUACAGCAGAUCCUUUUAAGUCCACACCAGAUCCCUCAAUAACCACGCCAGAACCCUCCAAAGCCACACCUGCACAACCCUCUAAAUCCACACCAGAAUCCUCUAGAACCACGCCAGAAUCCUCUGUAACUACACCUGAACCCUCCAAAAGAAAGAAAAAACUUUCUAAACCUACAACAGAUCCUUUAAAGUCCACGCCAGAAUCAUCCGUAACCACACAAGAACCCUCUAAAGCCACACCUGCACAACCCUCUAAAUCCACACCAGAACCCUUUAGAAUCACACCAGAACCUACUAUAACCACGCCAAAGUCAAAACUCUCUAAACCCACACCUGAACCAUCUAAAACUACAUCAGAACCCACUGAAACAAUACCAGAAUCCUAUAAAAUCACGACUGAACCCUCUAAAACUAAGCCAGAACCACCAAAUAGAAAGUCAAAGCAGUCCAAAACAACAGGCGGUAAAUCUGUCGAGGAAAAGGACAAAGGGACUCUGGAAGAGGACGUCAAAGAAAGAAAAACCGAACUGGACCAACGUGAGGUGCCAGAGAGCUCGAUGACACCUCCUGCGAAAGUGGAACAGGUCUCUCGACACCACGAGGAAGCUACUUUGCAAACGAACAGACGACAAACGACAGCAGCCCAGAGCGGGAGAGGAGCGGCGAGUGGAGAAACACGGCCGAGUGGAGACGAUGGGGACCGGUCAGAAAGACGGCGUGAAAGACCGUCGGACAGCACAGAGCCGUCCGAAGCCGUAGGUCAACAAGGGGGGACAGGUGCUCAGAGAGAGGACGGACAGGGCCACGGUCAAGGCCGGUCAGAAGAGAGGGCAGGCCCAUUGGAGACACAGCGGACAGGUGUGGAGGAGCAGGAGAAGAGGGGUUUCACCGCAAACAGACAGCCAGGGGAGGACACCCCCCCCGCUGCCAUGGCAACAGCCACUGACGAGGUGAACGUGGAGAAUGUGGACUUGCCUCGGCAGCAACAGGACCGCAGUUCAGAGAAGCCUGCUGCCCCUGGUGAGGUAGUCUGUGAUGUUGAGAUCAAAAAGAAGCCAGCACCGGCUGUUUCACAAGGACCCAGCAUGGAGGACAUCUACACAGAGAUCCAGACACUCACCCAGACUGGACCCAACACGAUGCUGAUUGAGGGUAAACGCCGUGAAUCCGUAGCAGGGGUUCUGGACACAUCUAUCAGAGACCUGGAGGCCCAACUGGGCAGGUUGCUGGUCAGGGUUCUGGGUUGCAGAAGCCGGUCAGCUGGCCUCGACCCUGCUGCCCUGUCCAGGCAGGUAGAGGAGGCUGAGGAGUGUAAACAAGCCGCACAGGUCCAGGUGGAGCUCCUGUCCCAGUCGAGCAGAUCCGAGGCCGAGGACCCUGAGGCGUUGGAGCUGGUGGAGGGCCAGUGGAGCGCUGCAGUCUGGGAUGCCUCCACUACCCUCCAGAGUAAAGAGGCUCAGCUGCAGCUGGUGAGCGAGUGUGUCAGGCAGACCCAGGCAGCCAAGGACACGCUGAGGAGGCUUGCAGGAGAGCUUGAGGCGCUCAAAACAUCUCCGGUGGAGAGCAGCUCUGUGGAGGCUGAGGGGCUGGGCUCGUUCGUACGCCGUAUGGAGGAAGAGAGGACUGUCCUGGGGGAUCUUCUUCUGAGCCACACCAAGCUGGUCCCCCACCUGAGCCAGGCGGAGAGGUCCGCGGCCCAGACCCGCUAUAGAACCCUGCAGCGAGACUGGAGAGGCCUGGAAAGAGCUGCAGAGAGGACCAUACACCACGUCAACGCCCAUGCCAGAGAGAGCAGCAGACUCCUCUCAGACAUUUCUAGCCUUCGUGAGAACCUGGAGAGCCUGGGAAAGACUUUGAGCCCAGUCGGGUCUCCUCUGGUUGGCCAGUGGCAGAGCCAGCGGGUCCAGGAGCUGAUGGUGGUGGGUGCGGAGCUGACUGCAGCCCGACAGAGACACCAGCACAUGCAGAAAGACUUCGAGUCUCUGUCCCACGCGUCCCGGUGGGAGAAAGAGAUGAACGAGAUAAACCAGGGUCUCCGUCAGGUGAAGGAGCUGAUGGACCGCAUGGGGGAGCAGGCGUCUUCUCAGUCCCCCACCAGCCGCAACCCAACCAUGGCGAAGAUCCUAAAGGUGAUGAUGGACGCCUUCGACUGGGCCAAGCAGACAGAGAGUGACAUCGAGUGCAGGAGAAGGAGGGUGGCUCUGUUACCGGAAGAGGUUCACAGGCAGAUCAAGGAGCUGAAGAAGCUGCAGUCGGAGAUGACAGCCAAGCAGGUUCAGCUGCAGGCUCUGGUGGAGGAGGUGACGGACCUGAUCCCUCAGCUGGACGACGGUGACAAGGUCCCCACGGUUAACUCCUCACUGAAAUCCCUGGAGAAGCUCUCAAAGUCCACCUCCGACAAGCUGACCAGGGCCGUGAGGGAGAUGGAGUCCGGCUUGCAAACCCGAGAGAAGAUGUCGGAGCAGAUGGCCGACGUGGACUCCUGGAUCGUGGCUCAUCUCCACCGAGCAGUCUCCAGGAGAGGGGAGGGCGAAGGUCAGACCGCUGCCUACCUGGAGCGCCACGCCCGGCAGAUCCAGGACACCCUGGGAGAAGCGGAGAAGCAGGCUGCAGUCUCCGAAGCCCUCCUCAUGAAGAGUCGAGACAUCUCCUCCGAGCUCAGUGUCUCGGAGAACUGCCUCCUCCGUGACAGACUCGCCAACCUCCAGGAAGACGUCAGAGGCAUCGUCAGCUUCGAGAAAGCCAACCACCAGGAGCUGGAGGAGCUUUUCAAGACCCAGGACUCAACCAAACAGAAGCUGAGCUCCGUGGAGAACAGUCUGACUCAGAUGCUGGUGGAUCUGAACCGACACAGGUUCCCUGUCACCAGGGAGUCCCUGGCCGCUCUGGAGCCUUUCAGACACAUGAUCCUGGAGCACAAGAGCGAGGUGGACCGCCUUCAGCCCUGCAUCCCCGAGGAGAAGAGAAAGGAGCUACAGUGCGUCAUAGCUGAGCUGCUUGGUCAAAUGAACGCCCUGGAUGCGAAGGCCAAAGAACACGAGCGGUACCUCAGCUUUAGACAGCGUGUGGAGGACCUCAGGGAGAAUGUGGAGGAGCAGGUCCAGCAGGCCAAAGAGGAGAGCCGAGGGUUAGAUUGGAGGUUCAAGGCUUUCCAGGUCCUGCUCACCCAGAUCCCUCUGAUGAAGAACCUGUGUGAGGAGGCUGCAGAUGAACUUCAGAACAUCUCCCCAGACCUCUACCCGUCCCAACUGACCAUGGAGCGCCAAAGACUAAAGCAGAACUUACAGAGCCUUAACACCUGGGAGAUGACUGUCCACAGCAACCUCCAAAUCAUGGAGUGGAAUCUGCUGCGAGGAAUGCACUACCCCUCCGAGCUGAAAUCCCUACAUGCCUUCCUCUUGGACACCCAGAGAGGGCUGCAGCAGACCUGGAGCCUGGAGCCCAGAGACGAUGUCAUGGACAAGGAGCUUUGCAAGACUGUGAUUUUGAGAAAAUUAGUGGAGGCGAGAAUGCGAGCGUUGGACGUCAUUCGCCAAAAGAAAGAAUACGGACAGGGGGAUGCAUCCCAGGAGUAUAAUGAACUAAAGGAGAUGAAGGACACCGUCCUAAAGGAAUGCGACUUACGAAUGGAGAACAUUUCCAAGGCUCGCGACUCUCUGAGGAGCUACACCUGCGGUGUUAAAUGUGCGGUGCGCUUCCUCCAGGAAGCAGAGACCGCACUCCUCCCACCUCAGGGCUCCGUGGGAAGCUGCUCUGAGCGGGUCGAGGACUCCCAGCAGGCCUUGGCCUCUCUGGAGGAGCAGUUCCAGUCCCAAGUCCUCCAGCUCCAGACCCUUGCCCCCCAGCAUGCUUGCUUCUCUCCCCAGAAGGUGGAGGACCUCCGUGGGAAAGUGCUAAGCAGUCUCCUGGUGUGGAGGUCCACCCUCCAUGCCCAGGCCCAGCUAAGACUAGAAACACUGCAGAGAUGUGCUGAACAUCGCAGAAGGUACACAAAGUGCCAUGAGGAGACAUGCCAGCAUGUACAGAGUAUGGAGACGUCUCUCUCUCAGCACAUCGCUCACAAACCCUCCUCCCUCCAAGGCUGCACAGAGCAACAAGCUAAGAUGAAGGUGCUGUCUGGUGAAGUGGACUCUCUGAUUGGAAGACUGGAGGAACUGAAGGAGUGGUGCCCAGAACCUGGUUGCCGUGGCAGCAGGGAGAGAGCUGUUAGCGCCCUCUGGAGACAGGUCUACAGACUGCAGUGGUGCACACGAGACCUGACGGCUCGCUCACAGAAAGCAACAGCAGAAUGGACUGAGAUCACAGAACAUGUGGAGAGGGCGUCCCUGGUCCUGGAGCAGGUGGAGGCUGAGCUGCCGGACUGCUCCAGGGAGAAGAUAUCUGGGGAGGAGCUGCAGGAGCUGCUGCAGCGGUGGGAGCAGUACCAGGACCGGGCGGACUGUGAACAGCGCGCCCUCUCAGCCCUGGAGCUCCGCAUCGCCAGGCUGCUGGGCGUUGCAGCACACCUGGAGCAAGCCCCUCCCGUCCGCCUCUGCGAGAAGCUGCAGGCCCUGCAAGGCAGAUACAAAAGCCUGAAGGAGAGGAGCCGGCAGGGUCACCUUGCAGCACUGGCGGAGGUGGAGGAGAGGGACGCAGUGAGGGAGGAGCUGCAGGCCGUUAAGGUCUGGCUGGAGGCGGCAAACAGUGUUCUGGUGGAGCUGGAGGACUGUCCUAAUGCAGAAGACCUACAGGAGAUCCAAACUCAACUGAUUAUCCAAAAGGCUGUGGUCCAGAGAGUCAUGGACGGAUUGAGGAUCAAAUAUUCCGACAUGUACACCCUGGUUCCUGUUGAGAUCGAGACGCCCCUAAAGGAAGUCACACACACUCUAAAGAAUAUCGAGAAAAAGGUGGAGGACACCGUGGAGAAGAGCAGCCCGCUGCAAAGACUCGGGGCCAAGCUGUCUGAGAUCAAGGCUGGACUGGGAUCAGUGCAGGACAAGCUCCAGCAGAGAAGCCCCAGCCUGGCAGAGGCAGAGCGCACCCAGAAGCGCGUGUGGGAUGAGCUGGACCAGUGGCACUCCCGCGUGGCUGCGCUGGAGGUGGAGGUCCAAGAAGUGGAGCAGGUGGAUGAGAUGCAGGUCCUGACAGAGCGGGUGGGGGAUCUGCAGCAGCUGCACUCACACAUGGCCAAACAGGCUGAGCAGAGGACGUCCUUCCUCGGCAAGAUCCAUACCUGGAUGAAGGAGCAUGAGGAGAUGAUCAACAGCUCCAACAGCUGGCUGACCGAAGCUCAGUCCUGGCUGACCGCCCCCUGCAUUUAUACCACCGCCAAGUGUCUCAGGAGCCACGUCCACGCCCUGCAGAUGGUGCUGGAUGACUCAGAGCAGAUUCGGAUGACUCUUCAGGGCUUUGUUUCCAUGCUGACGGAGAUCUCCCCGGUGUGUGACAUCACGGCGCUGCAUGAGCAGCUGUCAGAGGCAGACGGACGCGUCGCCGCCAUGCAGCUCAGCUUUGUGGCUCCGCUCUCCCAGAUGGAGCACGCCGCCGCCGAGGUGGAGGCCAUUGAAACGGAGGUGAAAUCGAUGGAGAAGGACGUGUCUGAGAUCAGGUUGUUGCUCUCGGCCCCUCAAGCUCUGCCCAGCCCCAAAGAGGAGAGCCUGAAGGUCGUCGGAGACAGACUUGGGUCUAUGAAGAGGACCGUAGAGGAGAUCCAGAACUGUAAACCAGGGUUGUGUCUGCCAGAGGAAGCUGAGGAGACUCUCUCUGUCUUCCAGAGAGUGGAGCAACUCCAGCAGCAGCUGACGGCGUUGGGGAAGAUGCUUCUAGAACAGUCUGCAGAGACCAAGCUGCCCUUAACAUCAGCACCAGUGAAGAAAUGUGCCCCUAGCCCAGCUGCACCCACCUCUAUCCCAGAGAGGGGACCUGCUUCCAGUCUAGUGGAACCCUACCUUGAGGGGGCCCAGGAGAACGGCACAGAACAGGGGAGCAUCCAGAUCGUACACGUGGAAGAAGAUGCGUUGAAGAAGCGCGGAGCCGCUCUGUUGACCGUGGAGGCUUCCUCUCCUGAGCAGAGACGGGGAUGGGGAGAAGAUCUGAGCAGGCAGACCCCCCUGAGUGUUCCUCAGGCUGGCGAGACGAAGAAUGAGGAGGAGAAGAAUGAGGAGGAGGAGGAUGAGGAGGAGGAUGAGGAUGAGGAGGAGGAUGAGGAGGAUGAGGAGAAGGAGGAGGAGGAAGGAGGAGGCAUUUUAUGGUGGCUGUGGGAGACAUUCCUGGGCAGCGAUCCAGAGGUGCUUGAGGUGGUGUCGGGGGAGGAGCCGGCUGGAGCUGGAGAAGCAUCCGGAACUCUGCAGCAACCAAACCUGCCCGAUACUCAACCGACUGAACCUCAAACCGGACAGGACGCAAAGGACGCAGCAGGCUUCUCUCCGAUCUCUGAAGCGAGCGGCCAUGGAGCUUUAUCAAAGCCGUUGGGCACGGUCAGAACCCAGUCUUUGCCCUCAAGCAUGGAGCACAUGGGACAGAGGGGGGGUGACAGGCCCCCUGCGGGGCUGAAGACCCACUUUACACACACCGUAGACACACACACAACACACACUCUCGCCAAGGGCUCCCCCGCUGUGACUCCCACUGAUAUAGCAUGUACAGACAGUGGGCCCAGGUCACCUGAGUCAGCCCAAGUUCAGCCCUCUGAAGAGCCUCUGGCAGCCCCAGUGGAGGAGACACCCACCAAGUCCACACCCAGCAAACGGGCCUCUCCGCCUGGGCGGCCCGUGACGCACUCCCAGCCACUGGAGAUGACGUCCGCCUCAGUCACUGCACAGACACGCACCCCCUCUGAUCCGACUGACAAAGCGCCCCUGCAGACCGCAGGAGCCCCCGCCCCCCUAGCAGCCCCCCGAGAGCCCCCACCCCACCCCACCCCUCAAGGCUCUCUCAGGGCCAGCCAGAAGGACCCAGAGGGCGUGCCCCCAACAGCAGCCCUGGCCCCGGGGGAUAUCCAGGCCCUGGCAGGGCCUUCUCCCUCUCUUGUGCUGCUCCAUGCCUGUCGUGAGCGGGCCACACAACUGGAGGACUGGCUGGAGAGAGCCAGACACGACCUGGGACAAACACGCGGCACCGGCAGCAUGCAGGUCAGCGUGGAGCAGCAGCUCCUCACAUGUCAGGAGAUGUUUCUGGAAAUUGAGCAGAAGGUUGCGGUCCUGUCAGCACUGGGCCUGCAGCCACAGGCGAGGGGGGAAGGAGAGGUGGAGGGGGGGUCAGUAGAGACUCAACAGCAGGAGGCGGAGGAGGAGGAGGUGCUCUCCUCCAAGCUGGAGCUGCUGAAGACCAGCCUGGUCACCUUCCAGCUCCUGCUGCAGGAGAGGCAGAACGAAGAGCACUCACACACACUCCCACACAAACAGCAGGCCUCAGCACUUAGAGAGCGCCCCCCGAAGGCUGAGCUGAGGCGCAGUGCCAGCGUCCAGGAGAUGCUCUCCUCAUCCAAGAGCAAACUCAUCCGCCAGAGCAGCCUGCAGCAGCAGCAGGAGCUGGAGCAGGAGCUUAGUGAGCAGAGAGGCCUGACCAAGGCCAUCGCACAGCAGGGGAGCAGGUCACGUCUCCUCAGCCAAGACCAGGGCCAGGAGGAUCAGACCCAGCCAUCCCCACGGUGUGUGUUGGCUGGGCCGGAAGCGGAGGGCGGGGCAGCGGGUCAGAGGAAGUGGUCACACCUUCAGUCCCAGCUGCUGGCGCUGGAGGAGACCACCCUGCUAAGCUCCGCUCAGGGGCCAGAGGCAGCUGUGGGCUGGGGAGAGGCAGCUGGAGGGGUGGUGGUGGGCAGCCACACCCUGGAGGACCUGCACACACACAUCCACCGUCUGAGAGAGCUGGGACGCACGGCCAAGGAAGCCCCGACUGAGGAGGUGCCCCUGGAAGAGCACCUGCAGAGACUGGACGAGGGUCUGUUUGAUGUGCUGUAUGGGGUCGCCCUGACCCUCUCCUCUCUCAACACCCUGCUGCAGUCACCCCCUGGACCUGCCUGUGAGGACACACAACGCCAGCUGCUCACGAGUCUUGCUGCAGAGUUGGACAUGCUGGCCAGCGAGCUGGGCUCUCAUGGGUCAGAGGUCACCGGCGUUCUGGGCUUGGGUCAGCCGUGUGUGGGUCAGCUGGGCAUGCUCCUGCCUGUGGUCCAGAUCGGCCUGGCCAGCAGAGAGAAACAGCUGCAGACCCAGCAGGAACAGAUGCACCAGCACCAGAGAGAGUUGAAAGGCUUGCAUGCAGCCCUCUUUUCUAACAAGGUGGCCAUUGACCAAAUGACUAACGAAGUUACCACCCAAGACACUAGCCUGCAGUUACAGGCGUUGGAGCAGGACCUCCAGGAGCAGGCCCGCCAGGUGUCCUCCCUGACUGCUGACAGCCAGGGCCUGCCCCCCACCCUCCUGCAGGAGGCCACCAAACUGGAGGGUGCGCUGGAAAGCAUGAUGGGGCGCGUGGGCAGCAGGUGCCAGGAGCAGAGGACCAGCGCGGAGCUCCAGAGGCAGCGAGAGAGGCUGCUCCUCAGCCUGAGAGAGCUGCUCUCUCUGGGCUCAGAGCGGCUCGCGCGGCAGCCUGGUCUGGAGCCACGCUCUACGGCGGAGCUACAGAGCUUUCUCGACACCCACACGAAGUUCUUCCAGUUCCUGGGGAUCCACCUAAGGACCCUGCAGUAUCUCUCCCAGAGGCUCCCGGCCAGCGCCCCCCAGGGGUUGGAGGGAGAGCUGGCAGGACUACAGGAGGAAGUGGCCAGAGUGCAGCAGCAGGCCCUGGAGAGAGGCAUUCAGGCACAGACAACCCUCCAGAUGUGGAUGCAGUGGGAGGAAGACAGUGCCUGGCUGGACACCUCAUUUAAAGACAUGGAAACUACUUUUCCCAAAGUGCACCUGGAGGAGGACUUGGAAAAACAGAGCUGCUGGAAACUUUCUGUCUACCAGGAAAUGAAAGGAGUUCUGGAGGGGACCAGUUGUCGCCUGGGGCGUCUGGGGGAGCUGGGAGGUCGGCUGCAGGUGGCGGGCUGCAGGGGCGUGGGUGCGUCCUGGCGCCAGCAGGGGUCCCGCUGGACAGCAUUGGAGAGGAGACUGGAGCGGAGCCUGCUCAGCACAGACAAGCACAGGAAGCUGUGGAGCAGGUUUUCACGUGACGCCGCCGUGCUGACCGGCUGGAUGGACGGAGCGAGGGAGGCGUUGAGGGGGUGGAGCCAGCUCCCUUUCACAGCCAAUCAGGAGCCAGAUCUAACUGAGGAUAGCCGUCACUACCAACAGUUCUUGGACUUCAGGAGAGAGCUGGAGGCCAGGUCCGAUCUGAAGGGCUCUGUGAUCACCACUGGGGCUCAGCUAGAGCAGCUGAUGGAGGCAGAAAGAGAGGCAGAGAGCCAGACUCCAGCCCCAGAGCCCAGCCCCGUACACACCCAGCUCAGACAGAUAGAGCUGGACUGGGCAGUCAUCGUGUCGGAUGUGCCCAUGGUCCAACACACACUGCACCAGAGGCUGAUGAGGGUGCUCCCUCCCCAGGGGGCCGUGGCAGAGCUGCUGGCCUGGGUAGGAGAGGCUGAAGCCAGGCUACAGGAGCAGCAGGACAGCCUCCUCCAGACCUCCAGCCCUGACCUGACUAGGGUGCUGGGGAGCUGCAAGGAGUGUCAGGUGGACAUGACUGGCCGUCAGCUCACGGUGGACUUUGUCAACCAGUCAGGGUUGCAGACGGCCAGGCUGGAGGGCCGGAGAGGUCGAGGUGAACAGACCCAGUUUGCUGAGGAGCUGGGACACCUAAACCAUCGCUGGCUGUCUCUCCACGGAGCGCUGAACUCGCAGGCGCAGACUGUGGAGAGGGUGCUGAGGACCAGAGCAGAGAGAGAGGCCACAUUGCAGCAGCUGUGCGGCUGGGUGACCGCUCAGAGGGAGAGCAUGACCCGGACUCCUGUCAGUCUCUCUGACGUGGAGACACGCAUCCACGCGUCUGAGGCGCUGGAGGAGAAGAUCAGGGUGAAGACGGCUGCCCUUGAGGAGCUGAGGAUCAAACACCUGGGAGAGACCGAGGACAGCAGCUGUGACUUCAUCACACAGACAGACCGGGCGGUCAGCGCCUGUGCUGCCCUCACCCAACAGAACACAGAUGAGAGGCUGGACCUGAAGCAGGUGCAGGGUCUCUGGGCUGGCCUGCAAAGCGGCCUGGAGGCUGCAGUCCUGAGCACAGUGAAGACCCAGCAGGUCCUGCAGUACCACGGCAGCCCCCAGCUCUCCCUCCAGGCCCACCAAGCCCUCCACCACAGGCUGCAGCGUCUCCACGAGGAGAGCGAGGGCUGCGACGCGGGUUGGGAGGCUCUGAGCCAAACUCUGUCAUCCCUCGGAGAGAGGGUCAGUCCUUCUGCUGCGCUCCUCCUCGCAGAGCUGCUGGACAGACAGAAAACAAGGUGGGCCCAGGUGAAGCGUGAGCUGGGGUUCCAGCUGGUGAAGAGCCAGGCCGUCCUGGAGGUGUGGAGGGAGUACGUCGGCCUCGCUGAGCCCUUCUCCCAGAGACUGCAGACCCUGCAGGAGGAGCUGGGCGCCCUGCUGGGAGGACCACCCGGGCAGGACAACACCACGGAGAGACUCACCAGCCGCAUGCUCACCCUGCACAGUCUGCAGGAGAGUGCCGGCAGUUUGCAGAAUGACCUAGAGGGGGUGCUAGAGGCCUCUAAGGUCCUCAGUGGACGAGUGGAGCCCUCGGCCGCCCUCUUCAUCCAAUCAGAGAGCCGUAUGCUGACCCGUGGGGUCUUACAGUUGACCCAGUCUCUGAUUAGGAAGCUGGGUCACCUACAGGAGGAGCUAGAAGAGCGGCAGCAGUUCGACAGCCUUCUGGAGACACUGGAGAGACACCUGGAGGAGUGGGAGGAGAGGCUGAAGCACGUCUCUCCACACGGAGACACCACCAAGUGUGAGCUGUUGGAGCUGGCCGGUCUCUCUCCUGACCUGGAGGUGCUGAACGAGCUGAGCUUCAGGGUGACCCUGAGCGAGGUCGCCUCUCAGAGGCUGCAGAGCCUCAACAGGAGCUGGGCUCAGGCCUCCGGCCGCGCUGUAGAGGCCUGCAGUGAGUUGCAGACGGAGGCGCUGAGGCAGCAGAGUUUCGAGCAGAAGUGUGAGAGCUGGAUGCUGUUCCUCCAGACUAUGGAGGACAGUCUGGCUGUGGACCUGGCCAGCACCUACACGGGCCUGAGAGAACAGCUACGCGUUCAUCAGAGGUUCCAGGAGGAGCUGUCUAUCGGCCACCAGAUCCUGCACUCUGUCAUCAACGAGGCCCUCCGUCUCCUUCAGAGAGGAGAGGUGGAGGACAGGAGUGACUUCAUCCUGAGGCUGGCCCAGCUGAGGGGACACUGGCAGGGGGCGGUGCAGCGGGCGGCCCAGCGGCGCGCCCUGGUGGAGGGGCUGGUCAAACACUGGCACCUCUACAGACGCAACCUGAAGAAGCUGCAGAGCUUCCUGGCCGACGCCCACACCCUCCUCCGCCCCACUGGCCCCGCCCACUGCAGCGUGCUGCACCUGCGAUGCUCACUGGAGGACAUCAAGCACACUGAGCUGCUGUUCCAGAGGUACCAGUGCAGCUACAUCCACACCAUGGAGCUGGGCCGACAGCUGUUCUCCCUGGGGGACGAGGACACCCAGAGCCAGCUGCAGGCGGAGCUGGCCACACUGCAGGAGGACUGGGAGGCCCUGCAAGGCAUGCUGGGAAAGAGGAAGGACCUCACUGACUCCAUCGUUCAGAACUGGGAGAGCUGUGAGGCCAGACUGGGCAACAGCGUUCAAGAGCUGAAGAACAUAAAGACCAGACUGAACCAAUCACUCCCAGAACAUCUUGACCAGAUGCCAGGCGCAGAGCAACUCACCAAGGAGGCCGAGGAGUCCCUGGACGACUGGGCCGAGAGCCUGACGGAGCUGGCCACCAUGAAGACAGACCUGUCCCAGUACAUCAUCGCUGACGACGUUCUACUCCUCCAGGAGCAGGUGGAGAACCUGCACUGCCAGUGGGACGAGCUGUGCCUCAAGGUGUCGCUGCGUAAACAGGAGAUUGCCGACCGCCUCAACGCCUGGAUCAUCUUCAACGAAAAGAACAAGGAGCUUUGCGAAUGGCUGACACAGAUGGAAAACAAGGUGGCCCACAACGCCGACCUCAGCAUCGAGGAGAUGGUGGAGAAGCUGAAGAAGGACUGCAUGGAGGAGAUCAACCUCUUCAGCGAGAACAAGACCCACCUGAAACAGCUGGGGGAGCAGCUGAUGACCGCCAGCAACAAGACCAAGGAGACGGAGAUCAACGACAAGCUGAAGGACGUCAACGAUCGCUGGCAGCACUUGUUUGACCACAUAGAGGCCAGGGUGAGGAAGCUGAGGGAGACCCUGGUGACGGUGCAGCAGCUGGACAAGAACAUGAGCAACCUGCGGACCUGGCUGUCCCGCGUGGAGGCCCAGCUCAACAAACCCUUGGUCUACAGCGUCUGCCACAGCGACGAGAUCCAGAAGAAGCUGGCAGAGCUGCAGGACCUGCAGAGGGACAUUGAGCAGCACACAGAGGGGGUGGCGUCGGUGCUGACCCUGUGUGACGUGCUGCUCCACGAUGCGGACGCCUGUGGGAGCGACACGGAGAACGACUCCAUCCAGCAGACCAGCCGCAGCCUGGACCGACGCUGGAGGAACAUCUGUGCCAUGUCCAUGGAGAGGAGGAUGAAGAUUGAGGAGACAUGGCGACUGUGGUGUAAGUUCAUGGACGACUACUCGCGCUUCGAGGACUGGCUGAGGACGGCUGAGCGCACGGCUGCCAACCCGGCCUCCUCCGAGGUCCUGUACACCAGCGCCAAGGAGGAGCUCAAGAAGUUUGAGGCCUUCCAGAGGCAGGUCCACGAGCGUCUGACCCAGCUGGAGUUGGUCAACAAGCAGUACCGCCGCCUGGCCAGGGAGAACCGCACCGACGCGGCCAGCAAGCUCAAGGUCAUGGUCCAUGAAGGGAACCAGCGCUGGGACAGCUUGCAGAAGAGGGUGGCCGCCAUUCUCCGCAGACUGAAGCACUUCACCUCUCAGAGGGAGGACUUUGAAGGCACGCGCGAGGCCAUCCUGGUCUGGCUCACAGAGAUGGACCUCCAGCUCACCAACGUGGAGCACUUCUCCGAGAGCGACAUCGAGGACAAGAUGAGGCAGCUCAACGGCUUCCAGCAGGAGAUCACGCUGAACACCAACAAGAUCGACGCCCUCAUCGUGUUUGGGGAGGUCCUGAUCCAGAAGAGCGCCCCGCUGGACGCCGUGCUGAUCGAGGACGAGCUGGAGGAGCUGCACUCGUACUGCCAGGAGGUGUUCGGCAGGGUGGCCCGCUUCCACCACCGCCUCACCAACAGACGGCCGGUCCUCGAUGACGAGAGAGACCUGUCUGACCGCGACACAGACCUGGAGGACUCGGGAGAGCUCCCCGUGGGGUCCUGGAGAGAGGAGGAGGAUGAUGAAGAGAAGGAGGAAGACGAGGGCUCCGUGGUGGUGGAGUCAGCGUGCCGGCAGGGGGUGUGCCACCUGCUGGCCCCGCCCCUGGAGCGCUCCGGUCGGGAGACCCCGGUCAGUGUGGACUCCAUCCCUCUGGAGUGGGACCACACAGUCGAUGUGGGGGGGUCGUCUUCUCACGAGGACGAGGAAGAUGUUACCUUCUACAGCGCCCUGUCAGAGGUAGAGGUCGCUGAGAGCUCUGAGUCCUUUGUUAAGGCGACUUCCAGAGCGCUGAAAGCAGCCUCGGUGAAGUCAGUGACGGACCCCCCUAACUGGCACUCCCCGGAGCCCCUGGAGAGGAAGCGAGCUCCCAGGGACGUCUUCAGACGCCUGGGCUCCUCAACCAUCCUCACCCCCGCCACCCCCUUCCACCAGCAGGGCUAUGCUAAGCUGAUGUCAGAGUGCACUGGCAGCAUAGACAGUGUGAAGAGGGUCCAGCUGAUCCUGAACGAUGACGAGCUGGACUCCCAGGGCCUCCCCUCGCUGCUCCCGGCAGACAGGCAGGGGGGGGCGGCCGUCAUCCAGCGCUGGGAGCUUCUUCAGGCCCAGACGCUCAGCGAGGAGCGCAGCAUCCAGCAAGACCUGCAGCAGUGGCACCGGCUCAACUCCGACCUCAGGGACGUCACGUCCUGGCUGGGCAGGGUGCUGUCGGAGCUGGAGGGACUGCGGAGGCUGGCUCCUUCCACGAGGGUCCGCGACAUGGAGGAAAACAUCCAGAAGCUAAAGGAGAUGCAGAAGACCUUCAACAGUUACAAGUCUCUGAUGAUCACCAUCAACCUGAACGGCCGUAGCUUCGAGCAGGGCGACAGUGCUGAGCUCCAGGAGCUGCAGGAAGCUCUGCGCUGCGCCAACCUCAGAUGGGCCCAGGCCUGCUCCAGCCUGGAGAGUUGGGAGGAGGGGUUACACAGCGCCCUCAUGCAGUGUCAGGAGUUCCAGGAGACCCUGCACUCGCUGCUGCUGUGGCUUUCCCGCGCUGAAAGCACGCGCUAUGCCGUCAACAUCCGCGACCGCUCCGCCUCGCUCGCCGUGCUCCUGAAGCACAGACACACGCUCACGGCUCUGGAGGAGCAGCUGCGCGGUCGACAGCUGCAAGUGUCCUCCCUGCAGGACAUCUCGUCCCAGCUUCUCCUGGAGCCCACCACAGAGGACAGCCUUGAGGCCAAGGAGAAGGUCCACGUCAUCGGCAACAAGCUUCGUCUCCUUCUGCGCCAGGUGGCCAGCGACCUGUACGUGCUGCAGGACAGACUGGAAUCCUGUGCGACAGGUUCAGAGGUGGACAGUGUGGACCUAAGAUCUCUCGACUGUCCUCUGCUAAGAAAGAAGGAAUCUGGAAUGGAACCUGCUGGAACACGGUCCCCCGUUUCUAAAAGGGAGGAGAAGAGGGACUCGUCCCCAGCGCGGCCCUUCUUCCAGCGGGUGCUGCGUGCCGCCUUCCCCCUCCACCUGCUCCUCCUGCUGCUGCUGGUGCUGGCCUGCCUUGUGCCCAUGUCUGAGGAGGACUACAGCUGCACCAUGUCCAACAACUUCGCCCGCUCCUUCUACCCCAUGCUGAGAUACACCAACGGGCCCCCGCCCACCUGAGACAACACUGUCCCAUCCCCCCUGCCCGCCCACCCACCUUCUCACUGGAACCCCUAACCUGCACAGACUGGAGACCCUAAGGACUUCUUUUUUUUCUGUCUCUCAGCUGCAAAUUGGUAUUUUGAAUUUAUUUAAGAACAUGUCUAUAUAUUAACUUAUGGUGUGAAAACAUUGAAGCAAAGAAGCCAUAUCCUUGGUUCAGGUUGAAGUCAAUCUUUUUAUAUGUAAUAUGUUCGUAAAUACUGCCCAUCAAACCUUGUCUUCAACAUAAAUACAAAGAGGUAUUUCAAGAUGUGUUUUGUCACAGACUUGUAACUGUAGUUUCUCAUAAUGAUAAUAAUGAAAGGAGGCCUACUACCAAAGGAUCAGAGAGUAUAAUGGUCAUUUUGUACCACAUUUGCUGUUUUUACCAUUUUACAACAAACUGUAGGUAGCAAACUUUGUACAUAUCGACUGAAAGAAACAUUUCAGUUUUUGUUGUGAAAUGUGAUUAUUGCUGAGUAACGGCAGCAAGUCAUCUGCAAACAUGCCUUGCUAUAGUCAGUGAUUUUUGGGGGAGAAAAAAACCUUUAUUUAAAAUUACUUUAUUCAGACAACAGUGUACUACCAACUUGUUUUUAUGCAUUUGUAAAUAAUGGAAAACUACUGAUAGAGACCGGGUGAAUUAUUGGUAAUGAACAUGUCCACACAAACAGGCCUCUUUGUUAAUGAUCACAUUGGGCUGAUCUGUGUGUGUGUGUGUGUGUGUGUGUGUGCGCGCAUGUGUGUGUGUGCGUGCAUACUGUAUUGACUGCAUUUUAGCACUGCAGCCCCGAUAAAAAUAACAAUAAUGCCGUUUGCUCUCUUAAGCUCUGCUUUCAGUGAGUGGAAUGAGGCAAAUCGAAUUGCUGUUCUACCAGAGCAUACAGAAUAAUGAAUGUAUAAUAUAAAGCCAGCCAGUAAGAAAUGAAUGUAGCAGUACAUCACAGUACAGCUGCACAGUACAUGCACAAUCCUAAAGCAUGCGUUUGUAUGUAGAUUGGACUUUGUGCUUACUGCUCUGGUCUUCUGCACACAGAUUUAUUUACUCACGUUAAUACUUGGUUUUCUGAGCGCUAAGCUGUGGUUGUCUUCAAAGAGUAAAAGUGGUGUUUACUUUGACCACUAGCUCUCUGUGAAACAUCUCCUCAGUACAUCCCCUGCACUGCCCAGUUGGCCAAUGGAACAUACACUGAUGUGUACAGUCUGAUUUAUUUUCUCAACGGUUAUUUAUGGGACGUAUUGUAUAGUUGCAAAUUUUUAUUGACAAUAAACAUUGUUUGCCAUGA